AUGGGACGGACGAGUAGCAGUUUAGAGAUCCCCGAAGCACAGGGACUGACCUGGAGGGAUACGUUCUUUGACAACGACACCGAUGUGAUUGCUGUAUUUGACUUUGACUAUGAAGCCGUUCAGCAGUUCCAGAGGGACGUUUGCGGAGUCACGUUGUUGAUCCCACCCAUUGGUUGUUUUGCAGCAUGUUGCUGUGUUCCAUGCAUGUACACACAACAAAUUGAGUGGGACACGUAUUCUAAACAUGUCUGUAUUACACAAGAUGGAAUAAAGUUUGUCAAAGACAAGCGGAAAUCAAUGUGUGGCUUUUCCUUUCAGGAUCUGGGAAAAGAAUCGAAAACAGUGCCGUUUGACAAGAUUACAGACUGUGAUGUGACAGAACCAGCUGGUGCCACCUGCUUCUGCAUUGAAAACGUAUUGCCAGUUCUGAACGUCGAUACUGCCUCGUCAGGAAAUGGCGGAGAUAGUGGACCCCGACAUGAGCUAUCAUUGAGUGGCCUCGAAAAGCCACUCGAGCUCAAAAAUUUGGCAUGGGCCAUGAAGCGGGCACAGGCAGGUGGAGGAACCUAUGGCAGUGGCGGUGCUGCAGCCACCCCACAACAGCAUCAACAGCAAUCAUUCCCGCAGGCUCCCGCUGGAGGGACAAUGAAUGAUAGAGGAGAUUCGUCUGAAACCAAUGCUCUUUUGAAAGACAUUCGACAGGAGCUACGAGAACUGAAUAAACAACUCAGAAAGCAGUCUUCUAGCUAG